AUGAAUGCCACCUUGUUCACGCUCGUUCGGAUCUUAUUACUGCUCACGUGCACGAACUUCGUCGCGAAUGACGUCGCGGGCAAGUGCGGGUACGCCACCGGGGGCAUAAAGUCUAACAGAGCCCCGGGGAGCGGUCGAGGGAGGCACGCCGGGGAGUCCCAAGGAUCUUUCGAGUAUAAACGCUCCUCGACGUACCGCACGGUGGUGGCGGUGUAA